UCAACCAUCAUGGCAGACAUUGCAACACAUGUUGAAAUCUUCCGACUCGGCGGUUUUUGACAGCAUUUUUAAAGCUUCACAGUGUCUAGAAGCUUCAAAAGGACUUAGACACACUACCGGACUAGACGUUGAACAAAGAGAGCCAGAGUACUCCACCCACAAGCCGUACAGCGAGGACAAAUCCAGGCUAAAAAUGGAGGAAGAAGAAGCAGAAUACGAUCCCGAGUGGGAGGGGGGCGACUACGUCUGUAAAUACGAGUAUCUGGACCACACAGCCGACGUACAGCUUCACUCCUGGGGGGAAGACCUGAAGGAAGCGUUUGAACAGUGUGCCGUGGGCAUGUUUGGUUACAUGACGGAGAUAGAAACCGUCGAGCCCUUGGACACCCACGAGAUAGAAGCAGAAGGGGACGACAUGGAAUCUUUGCUCUACCAGUUCCUGGACGAGUGGCUGUUUGCCUUCAGUGCAGAACCGUUCUUCAUCGCCAGGGACGUGAAGAUUGUGGAGUUUGACAGGGAAAACUUCAAAAUCAAGUCUGUCGGAUACGGGGAGACAUUUGACCUCAGCAAGCAUCCGCAGGGAACUGAAGUGAAGGCGAUCACUUAUUCGGCAAUGCAGAUUCACGAAGAAGUGGAGACCAAUGAUGUUUAUGUGGUUCUUGAUAUCUGAAGCCUUUUUAUCUCCAACACAACGUGCCUGACUGUGUCAAAGCUACUCUUCUCCAAAACAUUUUUCUAUUAUUGCUGUCUUUAAUGCAAGGUUUUACCAUGGAGUUAAAAUACAGAAACUAAUAUUUUCUUAUUGGAAGUCAUUCUUGAAUAUAUUGAUCCGACUGUACAUUUGUCCAAGCAAGACAUCUUAAAGUUAAACCUCCUUGGUCCAAGUGAGACUUUUUCAUAACAGGAUAGCACUAAAUGUGCCAAAGCAGUGUUACUUCUUACCAUUAAGACCUAAAGAAAAUAUGCUCAACACCUUUUAUAUAGAUUCUGUAAGACAUAUGUUCCAACUAUGUAAAUUGUUUGAACAUUUAAGUGCAUACUAUUAUACUGCUGCUGAAUAAAAGAAAGACUUUCUUUAUAAAUCAUGUAUGCAUCAGUUUUCUUCAUUUCAUCCUAAAUGCAUUGUAGGACAGUAGCCAGUGUCCCUGGUGCGCAACAACAUACACAUGUCCAUUGAUGGCAGCUGUCCCAGGUGCUGAAAAGCAUUCACAUCAACAGCCAAAUAAACAUGAAUGUUAACUUCUUGCAAAGCUGUCACUCAUCAAAUGGAUGAUAGCAGACAUAAGACAUGGUCACAGAUCGUUGAAGAGAUUCAUCAGUCACGUAUAGUACAAGUUCAGUAAGAUAAUUCUUUCAAUCAGUGACUAUUAAAUCCUAUGGUCACAGAUGUUUUAUUUCAACAAUGUCAUGUACAUCUUUGAUAUACAAAAAUUGUAUAGUCUGGUCUGUUUUAAGGUACUCCAAGGUCAUUCCAUCACCAAGUUCCAGUAAGCUAGGCGAAGUUCAAAGAAUAAUGUGUACUUAAAUACAUAUAACGUUACAGGUGACCCAAGUAAGUGAAACUGAGUUCACAAAAGCUUAUUUCACAAUGAUAUUAUUAUAAAAAGAAACAAAAGACAGUCAUCCCAUGAAGUUUUUCUUACAUUAUUUUCUUGUUAGCACAGAUACUGUCACAGAAAAUAUCAUAUAAAAACUGCAUUGCAGUACAACUACAGUACAAUUGUUGACACCUGUA